AUGGAGGACAUCAAAACCCCUCCCUUGAACCACCUCAACUCGAAAGAGGAUUUCCUCCGCCGCGUACAGACGGCGGACAGUGUCUUCCUCCCUCGUGAUGUGUUUGAGGCCCUUUAUCUCUCUCCUGAACGAAAUGUGCCCGGAGAUUUGAGGAAGAAGUUUGGCAAUCCAACACCUGCCGCUCUCAUUGGCUUCGUCAUGUCUGCCACUCCUUACGCUGCCGCAAACAUGGGUUGGCGUGGUGCAGGAGGUCUGGGAGGUGCCCUUAUCCCAACAAUGAUCUUCUUCGGCGGUGUUCUCCAGAUCCUCGGCGCCAUCGCCGAAUGGAUCCUGGGCAACACCUUUUCCAUGUGCUUAUUCUUUACCUACGGCACUUUCUGGAUUGUUGCUGGCACUCAACUCAUCCCUUGGUUCGGCGUGGGAGUCCAAUACUCGACCACGGGAGACACGCUGCAUGGAAUGACUGAACCGAGCUAUUUCGCCACUGUCGGAUUCUACUACCUCUCCCUCGCCAUGAUCACCACAAUCUUUACCAUCUGCUCUCUGCGUACUAAUAUCGUCUUCUUCUCCGCGCUCUUCACACUGAUCUUCGCCUUUGGCUGUGCCGCGGGAGCUUUCUGGAACUUGGCGCUUGGGAAUGCGGAUAUGGGCAGCAAGUUGACUAUAGCAGCAGGAGCAUUCACCUUUGCACUUACGAUGAUGGUGUGGUACCUCCUUGCGGUACAAUUGCUUGAAUGCGUCGACUUCCCGCUGACGCUCCCUGUGGGGGAUCUGUCAAAAUUCAUCAAGGGAAAGACUGAAAGGGCUGCGAAGAAGGUAGCGGGUAGCGGGACUGAUAGUGGGACUUAG